UCAAUCGCAGUUGACUAUAUAGACAACAACGUCCCAAAUUAGUCAUCUGUUUAAAAUGGCAUACAUAAACGACUAAAGUCGACUGGGCAGACGACUUCAGUUAACAAAAUUAAAUUUCAGUAGAUUUCAACUUUUUUCCACACGGGCAUAGUCUACAGUCGAAUCCAACGUUAUAAAGACCCUAAUUUAGAUCCACACGAAGAUUACAUUCUCGAUAUUUGUUGCUUAAAAUGAGUCGAAAAUCGUAUAGUAUGUUGGCAUUCAUAUGUAUAGCGUUCCUUAUGGUCGUUGUUGCAUCUCCAUACUUUUCUAAUGGUGCAAAAAAUGUGCGUUCAAAUUCGACAGAUAUCGAGCCGUUUUUGGAAUUUCAUUUCCACACAUAUUUCGAUGUAAAUGAUCCGACGCAAGUUUCUCAUGCAAUCGAAUUGAGAAACGAAAUAAUUGUCAAUUGUGUGGUGAAAAAAAUAAUUGCCAUUCCACUACACUAUCACUAUGAUCCAGAGAAUCCAGUAUUGGAACAUAACAAUGACACAACUGGAUUGAAUAUGCAGCCAAUCGGACCGCAUCCGAUCGGUUCGUUUGAAACAUGGGUACCUGUGGAAUAUUUUCCCAAAUUGUACGAAUGGUUUAUACAGAAGCGCAGUCCAUUGACUAUUUUCGUUCAUCCGCUGACAAAACACGAAUUAACUGAUCAUACCGAUAGAAUUGUUUUCAUGGGAAAAUCGUACACCUUAAAGACAGAUAUAUUGAGAGACAUCAUUCCGGACUUUAAAUCCCAAUAUGAAUACCUGAAAUUGGGAUACGCCAAGCCACAGGAAUAAGAGAGGAAGAAAAAACAGAAAGUAUUGAGAUGAAAAAACUGACGUCAAACUGAAUAAUUUUUUUUAGUUAUAUCGCUUAUAUUUGAAUAAAAUGUCAGUUAUUUGAGAGAA